AUGUCUUUGUCGAAGCUUGAGAAAGGAAGCGUCGAAUUUACCGAGGAUAUUACUUCGGACGUACCACCAGGCCAUGACGAUGUCCUAGUUGACUCCUCGGGGGAGAUUCGGCGCUUGCCUAUUCCAAGCAAGGAUCCAAAUGAUCCUUUGAACUUCCCCUUUAUAGCAAAGUUGGGGAUUAUCGUGAGUCGCUGCUGGUUUUCUAUGAUGUCCUUGUCUGUCACUGGGGGACUGGGAUCCGUCCUGGGCGUCUUCGAUGCGCUCUAUGCCCCGGAAGGAGUUAGUGAGACGGAAGUAGCCUGGCUUACAACGUUCCCUUCUUUGUUCAUAGGCAUUGGUAAGAGCUUCAAAGACCAGAGCCCAACGCCCAGUCACAUGGCCAUCACGGUGCUUCUAGGAGCAACAAUUGGAUGUGAACUCACCCAGACAUACGAGCAACACCUUGCUCUAAGGAUCAUACAAGGCGCUGCGACUGGUGCUACAGAAUCUCUACUGCCUCUCAUUUUGUCUGAAGUAACUUUUGUUCAUCAGCCAGGAAAUAUCUACGGGCUGUACUGGGCAACUCAGACUAUUGUGAGCAGCUGCAUGAAUCUGGCAAGCUCCUAUGAGGUCGCUGCUCUGGGAUGGCGAUGGUACUACUGGAUAUUCGUCAUCACCAUCGGUGCAGGGGGAAUAGUCGCAUUCUUUGGAUGUUUUGAAACAGCCUAUCGUCGCUCCGCACAUGUAAUAAACGAUUCAGUCAUUGUCACCGAUAACUUUGGUGUCACACGUGUCUUGACAGGUGAAGAAGCCCAGGCUUAUAUCAGCUCCAAUGCUGCUGCCGAGAACAGGGACAAUGUUCCAGAUGAGCCGAGGCCCGAAAAGUCAUACGGAGAGAUGAUUAAACCUUGGAGUCAUACUGGAAACCCCCCUGUGGCUACUGUGCUACAGACUUGGUACCAUAUGUUGCAGGCUUUGACGUCUCCUGGGAUCAUUUACGCCACACUUUUAUCAUCAGCUGUCCUGGAAGCUGCGAUAGGAAUGUCCUUAACCUAUGACACAGUCCUCCAGGAUAACUAUGGAUGGCCCGCAGCAAAUGUUGGCUUGAUUAAUCUAGGGGGUGUAUUUGGCAGCUUGGGCGGUAUGCUCUAUGGAGGCACUUUCGCAGACUGGUUCAUUAUCAAAAUGGCCAAGAGAUCUAAUGGAGUCCAUACCCCUGAGCAUCGCCUUUUACUACUCAUAUUUCCAGGUGUGCUUUGCUCGCAAUUGAGGAAAGGCAUAUGCUGGAUCUGA